UUGUCGUUUGCCGCUGUUGUUUUGCGGCAAUUUCAUUUCCGUGCGUGAUGUUCUAGUGAUACGACAAUGCCUAAUAAGUGUUCUGUGCCGGGAUGUACCGGAAACUACAGGACGGGAAAGAAGAUACAAGUGUUUUCCUUCCCUAAAGACGGCGACGCUCUCAACAAGUGGCUACGCGCCAUUCCUAGGAAGGAUUUCGUGCCCACGUCUUGCACUAAGGUGUGCGUGGAUCAUUUCGACGCUUCAUGCAUCGAGCGGACGACAUCGUACACGGAUCCAAGGACAGGAAGAGUUAUCGAAGUCGCACUGCCAGUACCGCGGUUACGUCCUGGAUCUGUGCCAACGAUAUUUCCCGGCUGCCCGUCCUACCUUUCAGUAUCAGACCACAACACGAGAGAAACACCUGAUGCCAAGAGGAGCCGAAAAGAAGCUUCCCAACUCGCCCAUGCUGUUGAAGAAUCACUGGCGUCAUACGAAGCGGAACAGGAAAGAGACCGUUUUUCGUCCCUCGAAGAACUAAAGGCUCGCCUGCAAGUAGUCUCAGUGUCGCCAAAGUGGACUGUGAUUCAUAAAGAAGAGUGCUGGAUAUUUUUGAACAUCAUCGACUUUCGUGAACCUUGGUUGAAUGCGUCAUUGACAGUGUUUGAAAACCUCGAAGUCAUUGCCUGCUAUCAAGGAUCACAAAUCAAGAACCUUGGUAGCACUGUUGUACCUGACUCAGUUCAAAAAGUAAGUUCCUUGUUGGAAAUUUUGAACAACCUUUGCAUGCUGUCUGAGGAGCGCUGCAGUUGUCGCCACCUGUCGCUUGCAAUACAAUCCCUUCUCGACAAAUUGGAAGGUAGCAUUACUGAAGACAAGAAAGAGGCGGUAAAGUUCAUGAAGGAGCAGCUGCUAUACUGCUUUCUGCAAAGCGUAUUCACUACAGCGCACAGGUAAUGGUGUUUGCAUGCAUCUUGCAUACAAUAUCACCACAUGCGUACAAGUUUCUAAGAAGAACGAGUGUACUAACCUUGCCGCAUCCAAGCACUAUUAGAAAUGUGUGCCCACAAAUCGAUUCAUCUGAUGCCACUUUCCUUCAGUAUGUUUCCCAGAGAUUCAAACAUCUGCAGCCACAUGAACACACUGUGACGCUGAUGCUUGACGAGAUUCAUAUCAAACCUUGUUUAGAUUACAAGGGUGGGAACAUAUGUGGUGCAGCAGUCAAUUCGAAUGAAGUAGCCACCUCGGUGCAUGUAUUUAUGAUACAAAGUCUACUGAGCUCGUUCAGGGAGGUGGCGCACAUUCUUCCGGUUAAAACCUUACAGUAGUUAUGUACACAGAGGUUGUAGUUGGAAAGCUUAUGACGCAAAGUAACUUCACCCAGUUUCUCCAUGGCCUGAACCAAAAGAAUGUCGUUCGGCAAUUGACACUGCAAUGUCUGCCGAGGCUUGAGGACAUAAAUACGUGUGAAAAUGGACACACCUAUGAUUUCCUCGUCACGCUAGUAGCAAACUGCGCAGCAAACAUCAUGCUUAACAACUUGUGCAAGCAGAGGAACGAUCUCUUACGCAUUGGGAAGGAACAGAAGGCAAAAAACAGAAAGGCCCAAAUCUUUCUGGAAAAGUGAUUUUUCCAGGUGAAGCGCUCUCCACAUUUAUUCGUGCGAAGCUGCACUGAGGUCAUUUUAUUUCACAGUCCCGACUUGAUUUCCUUGUCAUACUUCUGUCUGUUGUGCAACGAGCCUUGUUUUCGGUUUGUUUCGUAUUUAAAUGAGACUACAUAGUUUUAAAAUCUCUUUUUAAGUGUUCUUGGCAUGUCAACGUGUUGUGCUCACUGAGCUGUCUCAGUGCCUGCUGUGGAGGGACCAUACCUCGCAGCUAUGUAUGCUUUUCUUGUGCGCUUUCUGUAGAGAUAUAUUGGUGUGCAAUGUGAUUUGUGUUUUGGGAUUUUUGUGUGACUUUUGUUUUCUAGGACAUGCUUGCACCUGUAGCAGCAGUACAAUUAGUUUUCUUUGUGUGACUUAUUUAUCGUGCUAUGGUUCACACUUCAGUCACCAGUGUGUUUUAUGUAUUGCGACGUUUUGACAAGUGCUUGAAUUUACAAUAUGAUGUCUUGUGUGUUACUACUACUGUGAUAAAUGAAUGCAAUAUUUUCCUCUAACCUAAAAUUUAAAUGGGAAUAUGCUCUUCAUGUUCCAAAGUUUGGGAAUGUUUUUGGUGCAACAAUGUGUUAUAUUUUGUUUUGUUUCAUUUUAUUGAGAUGCAAACUGUGCCUGCUUUGACAAAAAAACAGAUAGUUAUCUGUGAUAUGAUGUACUAUGUCUGCCUCUAAUAAGUGCAAGAACUUGUUUUCUCUGCCAUUCAUUCACCCGUUUAUGCUGCGCAGUUUUUAUGGCAACAUCUGUAUUCUGUACUUUUGGCACAUCUUCAGUAUGAAGUGAAAUAUCUUUUGCUGGCCGCCGUCUAUCUGGGCCGAGAACAGUGUGCACUGUGAUAUUUAUGCAGACGGCGCCUGCUUGCGAUAAAUAAAUAUAUAUUAUUCCAUUCAUGAUAUUCAUUAUUUCUCGUUACCC